GAGGGGGGGGUGGGGGGCGGUGUUGGGGGCGCCACCAAUGGCAGAGACGUCCAGCGGGAGCCCCCAGCGAAAUAAAAGGGGGGGCACCGAGUGCCGGGAGCCCGGCCCCGGGGGGGGGCAGCACCGAGACCCCGGGCACCGCCGAGGGGAGUGAGUGAGUGAGUGUGUGAGGGGUCGAAGUCUCCGCCGCGGAGAAGGUGAGACAGACGCUGAGAGCCUCUGUUCUAACCCCUGUACACAGCGCGCACACACCGUGAGGGAGAGAGAGAGAGAGAGAGAGGAGGAGAGGUCCCUCGAGCGGUGUGUGUGUGAGAGAGAGAGGGACACAGAUCACCGGAGGGUCCGCGGGCGGUCGGUCGGUCGGCGGUCGGACGAUGCCUCGGGACCUGCACUCCCGCGACUACUACUCCCAGAAGCGCUGCAAGAAGUCCUCGUUCGCCUUCUACCUGGCGGUGCGGGAGCUGCUGCCGGUGUGGCUGCUGGAGGACAUGCGGCGGAUGGAGGUCUUCCACUGGGAGGAGAGCGGGCGGGUGAGCGCCUACUCGGCCUCGGAGGCGCUGCUCUACGCGCUGGUGCACGACCACCGGCCGUACGGGGCCCACCUGCUGACCGCAGACCCGCGCGCCGCCCUGGCCGCCCCCGGGGACAGCUUCGGCUGCUGCCGGGCCUCGGCCCCGCACCUGGCCAUGGCCGUGCGGUACAACCGGGUGGCCAUCCUGCGGGGCAUCCUGCACACCCUGCGGGGCUUCCCCGCCGGCGAGCGCCGCCGCUACCUGAACCGGACCGGCUGCGCCCGGGUGGAGGGCGGGAAGACCCCGGUGCACGUGGCCUGUGAGCUGGGCCGCGCCGAGUGUCUGGCGCUGCUCUUGGCUCACGGCUCCGCGCCCGACAUCGCCGACAGCCACGGCAACACCCCGCUGGACACCCUGCUCUGCCGCCUCAGCCACAGCCCCCCCCACAGCAACAGCCCCCAGGUCUGCCUGGACAACCUGCUGCUCUUCACGCCCGUCCUGCGCUUCAGACUGCAGCCGGUGCUCCGAGCCGAAGUGACCCCCUGGCGGGUUCUGCUGGGGGACAGGACCUUCGACUGGCUGACCGGCCGGACCCCCCCACCGCUGUCGGUCACCGCCAUGCAGACCGCCAUCGGCUGCAUCUCACCCGAGAAGCUCCCGGAGGGGCUGCGGGAGUUGCCGGUGCCUCAGCGGCUUCAGCCUCUGGACACGAGCCUCUGCACCUGAACACUGUCCUCCUGACCGCUCGCUCUCCUGGGGAAAGGCUUUCGAGCUGAGGUUCAGCUCCAGACUGAACUGUGGCAAACUUUUUUAUAUAUAUAUAUAUAAAAAAAACUGAUAUAAUGACAUAGAUAUAUAU